AUGGAGGAAGGAGGAGUUGUGCUUUUAGGGUUUUGGAGUAGCCCUUAUGUUAUGAGAGUGAAAAUAGCCUUGGAGGAAAAGGGAAUUCAAUUCCUUUACAAAGAAGAGGAAAAUAUAAUCCUUGGUAAAAGUCCUUUGCUUCUAUUGGCAAAUCCAAUUUACAAGAAAGUUCCUGUUCUUAUUCAUAAUGGACGGAGGAGGUGGGCAAGCAAAGGAGAAGAUCAAGAAGAUGCAAAACAAGAAUUCUUGAAAAGUUUGAAGUUGUUGGAAGAAGAACUUGGGGAUAAACCCUAUUUUGGAGGUGAUCAAUUUGGGCUACUAGACAUUGCCCUUAUCCCUUUUUCUUGUAGGUUUCAUACAUAUGAAAUGUACUGUAAAUUUAGUGUGGAAAAGAGUUGCCCCAAGCUUAUGAAAUGGGUAAACAAGUGCAAUGAAAGGAAAAGUGUUGCCAAGGCCCUCCCAAACCCUUAUAGAGUUUAUGACUUUGUUAUGGAAGUGAAGAAAAUGUUGGGGAUUGAAUAA